CUAGCUGAUUCAUUAAAUAAACAAAAAUAAGUCAUUAUGGUAAAUUAACACUGGUUGAAUAAGUUCAAGCAUUUUAGUUGAGACAGAACGGACGAAAAUGACGACCGAGCACAGGCAGUAUAAGAAUAUUGUUGAACAUUUUAACUGUCCAAUUCAUCUUGGAAAAUUACGUGAUCCAAGGAGACUUGCCUGUGAACAUACAUUUUGUGCCGACUGUCUGAACGGAUGUAUCAAUACAGCGUUAACCUCGAGAAAAGAUGGAAUGUUCGAGUGCCCCGUGUGUAGGACUAAACAUCACAUACCGACGAAUGCCAGCCGUGACUGGGCCAGAGGGUUUCCGAUUGACGCGUUCUGUGUAAUUCAGCUUCAUACACUCUCUCAAUAUGAAAAGUCUGCUGUCUGCGAGAAACACAUACAAAAAUUCAAGGAAUAUUUCUGUUUCCAUCACAGAGAACUUUUGUGUUCAGACUGUGUCAUUGAAGGACACACUAAAACACCUUGCUCGUGCGGAAGUUUACAAGAUUCCAUUCUUGAAGUACGUCUGCAAAUCAAAGAAUUAAUCGGAAAGCUUCGGCUGCAAGAAGAACGCGCGCAAAGGAUCAUGGACUCUAAAAUCGCCACUUCCCAUUCUGAAGACCUUCUUAGGAAAAUUACUGAAGUAGAGAAAACUUUGACGAAGUUCUACAAAACUAUGAAAUCAAAAAUAAAGGAAUCGAAACAAAAAGUUGUGGAAACAACAAAAAUCUCCCAGUCAGAUCGAGACCAUCUUGUCACUAUUCAGUCACUGAUCAGCAAGACGAAAUGCCACGUGGAGAAUGUGAUAAGACCGGCAAAAUCUAAACGAGCAGACAGUGUUAAUGAAAUACUUAGUAUCUGGACUCCUUUAGAGCACGAAACCCAGAACUUUGAUAAGGCACUUGACGACAUUGAAACUCGCCCAUACUGUGUUAACGUUAAAGCGGAUGAAGAUUUUAUAGAUUUCAUUUCCUUUGAUAAGAAUCCAUUAAUAGUCGCGAAAGAAACAAAUGUCCACCCGUCAACACCUUCAAAAGAAAAAUCUUUGUACAGAAUUGACCAGAAGACGCCAGUCAUAGAAGUGGAACAUGAUUCUCCCAGAUUCAUCGGUUCUCCUGAAGCGACAACCAUUCCAAGUCCAAUGAUGGUGAAAAGAACUAUAACUCUGGCAUCGCCUGUGAAAUCUAACCAGCCGACACUUUAUUCUUUAGGCAAACGACCAGUAACCCACGAUGAAAUAACACCAAGGGCUAUGAUGAUAAGACACCAAUCACCCACAAGGCUCGCUCAAAAUGCAAGAUCACAAAGUCAUUCAAACAUCUUGCCUAAAGUUGGAACAGGAGAACUCAUAUCCAAAGAUUCUGGAAAGAACAGUAAAGACAAUGUCGCACAACUUCAAGAUGUUAUGGAAAUAUCAAACUUCGAGCUUCCAUGCGGUGAUAUCGUUCUUGUGAAUAAUCAUCUUAUAACUCUAACAGAAACAGCAAUUCAAAGAUUUACAAUUGAUUAUAGAUACAUAGAGAGUAUUCACAUUCGCUGCCCAUGGAGACUGUGCGCUAUGAAGGAUACAGCUAACAUUGCAGUCAACCAUAACACUCGUUUUAUCUCUAUAGUGAGCACAGAUCCGGCAUUGACCGUACUGUACCGGAUCGAGACAGAGAAACCUUAUUCUCAAAUUUGCCACAUGCGCACUCAAAUGCUAGAGGAUCGCUUUGGAAGAACCAAGUUUCAUGAGUAUUUCGCGCUUUCACACACAACAGAUUUGCGAGCAGACUGUAUAGAUAUUCUGAAAGUAUCAUACGAUAAAAAUCCGUUCAGUAACUUCACUUCAAAAGGAGUAACCAAACUUGUACCGUUACGAACAAGAACUUUGAUCGGAAGUGACAAGCAUUCGGUUGUCCGAAGUCCGAACGCGCUUGCAGCAACUUCUGAUGGCAAGCGUCUAAUAAUUGGCGGGGAAUCAGCGGUAGUCUGUGUCAGGAAGACGGGGGAAAUCGUCUGGACGCGUCCUGUUGUACGGUUUGCAGCAAGCGUCUGCUGUGACAAAGGACUUGUAUACGUCUGCAUUGAGAAUGAGCGGAAAUUGAUGGUCCUAGACGAAGCGGGAAACAAUUUAUGCGAGAAUAUCAUCCCUCUAGGAUGUGAUAUUGUACGACCAAACAGAGUGUCUAUUGAGAAGAAACAGAUGAUUGUACGAGAGUUUAGCGAGGAAGACUGGAAAAGUACUGUGCACGUGUUUUCUUUGGUUUUUGACUAAGUUGAAAAUCAUUGAAGAAAGUAAGCAGAAUAAAGGAUGACGUUCGGCAAUUUUUCAGUUUCAUACUAAUCACCGUUGAUGGACGUAAUAAAUCACACGGAAGCUGACGGAGAAUGUAAAUUGUACGCAUGCGUAUUAGCGUUUUAGUACAAAUACGCUUAUUUUUGUAAAGAAAA